UUACCUUUUUUUUUUUUUUAGUAGGAAGAUACCUUCUUUUUGUAAACUAAAGAAUGGGGCGGGAGGGGUAAUCCGAGGCGUUUCUCUCUGUCCGUCUGUCUUCCCCCCUCUCUCCCUCCCCUGUUUUAAAACCCCUUAGUCAGAGGCAGGGUGCAAACUAAAAGCCACCACCACCACCACCUUUAGGAGACAAUCCGGCCCGCCGCACACCUGCCUUGCUGGSCGGCAGAGCAGACAGGCAGGGACAGGCGCUGUCGGGACGGACGGCCGCGGGAGCGGGCCGGUUCGCCCCUCGGUAGUGCCCGCGGCGGCAGAAGACGAGCGGCUGCUGCAGGGGGACCAUCUUGCCGCUGCUCCUCCGGCGGCGUCUCCGUGCGGCGGAGGGGCCGGCUGGGAGGGGAGGGAGAACCUGCUGCACGGGGGCUCUGUUUACGUACACACAUAGCUGCGAGCGGGGAGUUUCUCCUGCCGGCGCGUCCUGCGAGCUGCCUGGAGAAUCCCGAGCCGGAUCUCAGGGAGAGGAGAGCCGAGGCAGGGCAUGAGUUUUAGUGGGAAAAGCAGCGCUUUGCUGAGCUCUCGGGCAGCGCGGUGGUGGUGGCGGCAGCAGCCGUCCUGCGCCGCGGCGGCUCCCGCCUGGUCCUACUUCGGUGGCAGCUGGUCGCGGCCCAUCCUGGACAUGUCCUACUCCCGUCACUUUCUGGAUUUCCAGGGCUCGUCCAUCCCCAGCUCCAUGAAGAAGCUGGUGGUGACUAAGCUGAGCCAAAACUUCAGGGAAGCGGUCACCCUGCAGCAGGACUCGCCCGUGCCACUCCCGGGAGACGGAGAYCUCCUGGUCAGGAACAGAUUUGUCGGCAUUAAUGCAUCUGAUAUAAACUACUCGGCUGGUCGAUAUGAUGCCUCAGUUAAACCCCCCUUUGAUAUAGGCUUUGAAGGUGUCGGGGAUGUGGUAGCGUUAGGACUCAGUGCUAGUGCACAUUACACAGUGGGUCAAGCUGUGGCCUACGUGAAAGCAGGUGCCUUUGCUGAAUACACAGUUGUGCCUGCCAAACAAGCAGUCCCUCURCCCUCGGUGAAACCCGAGUUUCUCACUUUGAUGGUAAGUGGUGCAACUGCAUACCUCAGUUUGAAAGAGCUGGGAGACCUGUCUGAAGGCAAGAAGGUUCUGGUGACAGCAGCGGCUGGAGGAACGGGCCAGUUUGCUGUGCAGCUUGCAAAGAAGGCAAAAUGCCAUGUAAUUGGAACCUGCUCCAGUGAURAAAAGGGUGGCUUUCUGAAAUCCAUUGGCUGUGACCGUACGAUCAACUAUAAAACUGAAAAUGUCGAAUCUGUGCUUAGGAAGRACUACCCAGAAGGUGUGGAUGUGGUGUAUGAAUCUGUUGGGGGAAAGAUGUUUGACUUGGCUCUUAAUGCCUUGUCUAUCAAAGGGUGCCUGAUAAUUAUUGGGUUUAUCGCUGGCUACCAAAACCCCACUGGCCUCCAGCCCAUUAAAGCAGAGUUAUUGCCAGCAAAACUAUUGAAGAAAUCUGCCAGCAUCCGGGGUUUCUUCUUGAACCAUUACCUUUCUGACUACAAAAUGGCUCUGCAGCAUUUGCUCAAGAUGUAUGAAAGAGGAGACCUGGUUUGUGAGGUGGACUUYGGAGACAUGUCUCCAGAGGGCAAGUUCAUUGGCUUGGAAUCUGUAUUCCGUGCUGUAGAUUACAUGUACAUGGGAAAAAACAUUGGAAAAAUUGUAGUUGAAUUACCUCACUCUGUCAACAGUAAGCUGUAAAAACAGAACAAUGAUAUAAAUCAAAAGAAAGAAAAUGGGCACUUUAUGCCUCAGAUUUACUAGAAAAAAAAUCUUUUUUUAAGCUUAAUAAUGGAUAUUAUAUUAAAAAAUGUCACUGAAGUGUUAAUAAAAAAGGAUGGAUUUGUUCGGGGGCUUUUUUGUUUGUUUGUUUGUUUUUAUUUUCCUAAAAAUGUUUAAAUCAGUGGCUGUAGCAGGGACAUAAUGGGCCUGUGCUUGAUUCUGUCACUUAGGUUAGCAUGAGACAAGAACAUUGAUCUUGACAGMAUAAGUCAUGAUGCAGAGGCAGAUUUGGACUGUCAGCCUGAUUUGAUAAGACUUCAUAUAUAGUUCAGCUCAGAAAAAAAUUCUUUCAGCAAUUUUGUUUCCCUGAUUUAAAAAUAAAAUUGUUAGAACAAGUGUAAGUAAAGAGUUGUAUCUUUGGGUUGCUCUAUUAAUCUUUUGAAGUUUCUGGCAAAAAAAUGUUCUUGAUUUUCUGUCACAAACAUGAUAAUCAUAAUUCAGUUGCAUCAUGGAUCAUAGUAAUAUUCCUUGACUGGUUACACAGGGAAAUUUAUCCUCCAAUUCUGACAUGUCAGUAAUAUUAAGCAACUUCUUUUUUUUCUUUUUUUCUUUUUUUUUUUUUUUUUUUUUUUUUUUUUUUUUUAAUCCUGUCUUUCGUAACUACAAACAACUGUGCAAUUUUCUUUUAAAUCUCUUAACUACAAGUUGCAAUAUAGUCUCAUUUUGUUGCUUUUUCAUUUUCCAUUGUUACUGUUUCUUGUCCAGUCUCCCCUUUAGUCAGUAUUUAAAGAUUAUUGAAGUGGGAUUUUGAGCCAUGUUCAUUUGUGUUCAGGCCUUGUAUAUUUUUUGAAGAUUAAAUAAAGUUUUAAAAGCUAUUUAAA